UGAAGCUGAAAUCUGGAGAGACUUCUCUACACAGAAAACAUAAGGGUAGCAACUGCAGGAGAAGAAAAUAUAUUAAAAAGAAGCUAAUGGAGCAUCCACAAGGCUAGGCACUGCAACACACACACACACACACACAUAUAUAUAUAUAUAUAGAGAGAGAGAGAGAGGAGGUGGGGAAGAUGACCUGAUGAUGCAUGAUAAGUCGGCUCAAAGUAGCACUUAUUUAUGAAGGUGACGGUGGAUGCAUGGUGGAAGAACGAAUUCAGAUCCAUCAAUGGGCCAUCACUGUUGCAGCAAACAGAAAGUUAAGCGAGGCCUUUGGUCCCCUGAAGAAGACGAGAAACUGGUCAGACACAUCACCGCCCACGGCCAUGGCUGCUGGAGCUCCGUUCCAAAACUAGCAGGUCUUCAGAGGUGUGGAAAGAGUUGCAGAUUGAGGUGGAUAAACUACUUGAGGCCGGAUCUGAAGAGGGGUUCGUUCACAGAACAAGAAGAGGGGAUCAUAAUCGACGUUCACCGAAUUCUGGGUAACAGAUGGGCACAGAUAGCCAAACACUUGCCCGGAAGAACAGACAACGAAGUGAAGAACUUCUGGAACUCUUGCAUCAAGAAGAAGCUCAUUGCACAAGGCCUCGAUCCCAACACUCACAAUCUCUUAAUUCCCCACCAUAAUAACCCUAAGACCAACACCAGCCAUCCGGCAGCUCGCGGCGGCGGCCACCGUCAACAGUCUGCAGCUUUCUCCAUAAGCACAUGUACCGCUACAGCUGCUACUACUCCACAUAAUAAGAAUGGCGAUUUUUCACUAGGGAUGGUAGAAGGAACGCCUCAGUUUGUGACCUCAUUACCAGCAGCUUCGUUCUCGUACGAGAAUUCAACCAUUGGCGCCACCAUCUUCCAGGAUUACGAGAAGAACGCUAAUUUUAUUCCUUCGACUGGCACUGUUGGAGCUGAUCAAACCGACUCUGGUUAUAAUUCUUUGAUCGAAUUUACUAACCCAUCACCAAUGCAAAGAACAAAUUCAUCUGGGCUUGAGAUAUUGCAGCAGCUGGGUAUGGAAGAUCAUGAGAAAUAUGGAAUCUGCUGGGACACUACUGCUUCUGGUUUGCAACCCUUUGGAGGAGGAGAAGCGCUGCUGCCACAGCAAGGAAAUGGGUCUGGUUGUGAAGAACAUGGUAAAGUUAACGAAGAAAACAUGGAAGCUUCGUUGAUGGAUCAGAGCUCUAACUUUGAUUUUGAGUUUGUGGAGGGUUCAGUGGCGCUUGUGCCUUGUGGAAUGUAUAGCAACAUUAAUGUCAGUCCCAUGGAUCAACUUGCAUGGGAUUGUUGAUCGAGUCAGCUGCUUCGAUUUAUGUAUAGAAGACUAAUCUUUUGGGUAUUUUAGUUAUUUCUUUUUUA